AUGGUCCAGAUUGAACAAUCUCUGCAUGAAGCAUUUAUCGCCACAGAUCUUAUAAGUUUCGAACAGAAGCUUGCAGUUGAAAAGCAGUUGACCCGAAUAUCGCAUUUUGAUGUUGUUACAGAUGAUGAGCUUAAAGUAUGUGACAUUACUUUUUUUUAUGUUUAGAUGAUGCCGAUGGAAGGAAAUAAUUCUUGCUCUUUAGUCUUACGGGUUGUCAGCCCCAGCGAUUCGUCGACUUCGGAAUGAAUUGGAUCGACGUAAAAAAGCGGCCAAGAAAAUAUUCGGAUCGAAACAGAAGACGGUUAAAACCAUUGAGAUUGUUCCUGAACCAACAACGACUCCACAGCCAGUCCAAUCAACUUCCUCUUCUCCAAGUCUUAUAAAUAAAGAUGAAUUGAAGAUUAUGCAAAAAUUGGGAGAAGGAACGUUUGCUUCAGUUAGAUAUGGAUUAUGGGAAAGACCUGAUGGAAAAAGAGAGUGUGCUAUUAAAGUCCUCCAUCAAAUGUGUGAAGCAGGGCUCGAGGACCUCUUCUCUGAAGUUGGGAACAUGCAGAAGUUGAAGCACGAGAACGUUGUUCAACUUUAUGGUAUUGUCCUGGGAGAGCAGACGAUGAUGGUAUUGGAGUUUUGUGAUGGUGGAUCAUUGCUAAAUCGGCUCAGAAGUGAACGGAAGCCUGUUUUGGAGGUGUCUACUCUUCUGAAUUAUGCAGUUCAAAUUGUCAGUGGAAUGGCUUACCUGGAAUCAAAGCGAGUUGUGCAUCGAGAUUUGGCUGCUCGAAAUAUUUUGUUGACCAAAAAUGAUGAGAUUAUCAAAAUCUGCGACUUUGGGUUGACCCGAUCGCUGGAUGAGAAUGCUCGAUUUUAUGAGAUGUCAGCUCAGAAGAAAGUUCCCUUUGCCUGGUGUCCUCCAGAAUCUCUCAGAUUCCGCCAAUUCUCCCAUAAAUCUGAUUGUUGGGCAUUUGGGGUAACUUUAUGGGAAUUAUAUACAUAUGGAGAAGAACCUUGGGCCGGAUUUAGGGCUGCUGAUGUGUUAAGAAUAACUGAAGAAGGGCAGAGAUUAAGGAAGCCAGAGAAAGCACUUUCCGAGAUCUAUGAUAUCAUGAAGAUGUGUUGGGAGAGAGAGCCGGAGAAACGACCCAAGUUUAGUCAUCUCAGAAAUAUUCUCAAUGAGGUAGGCAAAAAAAAUUUUAUUGUUAUUUUUAUUUUAGAUCCGAUUUAUUACAACUGAAGCCAAAGAAGACUUUGUCAGUGGAGACUCGGAAUGUAUGGAAGUCAAUCGAGGAGAUCAUAUCAUCAUCAUUGUUGAGCAGUAAGCUUUCCAUGGCACUAUUUUUAUAUUUGAAUUAAAAGCAUCUAAUGGUUAUUAGUUUAGUGGCCCCAAUGAAUGGUUUGGUCAGAACCUCCGAUCCAAAAAGUUCGGCCGUUUCCCAAGAUCGCUGGUCUCGGUGAAAGCAAAUAAACCCAAUCAUCCUUUGCCCCAAUCAAGCACCCCUCCCAUGCCAAUUUCGUUUACUGCCACCCCAUCUGCAACUUAUAAUUCGAAUAUAAGUAAGCCAGUUCCCGGCUCAAUGAUUCAUACGGGCCAUGGAGAUAUCGACCAGAACAGAUGUUGGGGACAAAUAGAUAAGAUUGACGACAUUUACCUGAAGAAUCCGGUGGUCAAACCGUUGUAUAAUGAGAGCACAAGACAGAGAGGGGUAUCUUUUAUUGAAUCCAUCACUUCUUUGAGGGAGAAUAUUGGGGAAAUUCAAGGAGUUACCGUUAAUAAUGUAAUGCCAGGAGGUGGUGGAAAUGGUAAGAAACUUUUAAUAUAAUGGAUUUACAUGUAAUUGCGUGUUUUACAAUUUGUUUUUAGUUGUCCGACCAGUAGAGACUCCGCAUUUUGACCCUUUGAAAGCAUGGGAUAUGGAUCCUCAAGUCGUAAAUGAACUCAUGAAACCGAAAGAAGCUCCAAAUGCGGUUAGAGUAAGGUCCAACACGCACGACCGGACUGACCCUGAAAGAAGAAGAACAACUAAUAUCACCGAAGACCUCGUUCGUCCAAUAAAGCAGGAAAUCGACCGGAAUUUAACACAUGAAAAACCAAGGUCAUCAACACCACAGGGAACUCAAAGUUAGUAGUUUAUGGAUUCGAAAAUAUCUUGAAAAAUUAUUCUUUAUCAUGGGUAAUAUAGCUUUUGCAGAGUACAACAACGGAAUAGCCAUUCCUCGUCCCAAACCGGGCCACUCUUUCAGUCAAAGUCCCUCUAACUCAAUCACAACCAAUUUCCCCACCAAAUUCGAUGAGCCAACCGUCAGUCAGACCGCUACCCAUCUCCCAAACACAACCCAAUUCUCAUCUUCCCUCCAAUCAUACCAAUCCCCCUUUCAAAUUGACCGAUCUGAGCCUGAUCCGUUUGUUGUUGAUAGUUCGAUCAAAUCAUUGACCCUUCGGGAACCCCUCAACUUUCAAAAUGGAAAUCAAUUUGGUCAGCCGGAAUGGAGGCAAUCGGUUCCCACUGGCUUUGGAGGAUCCGUUAAUGGUUUGAAUCAGAUGAAGACCGAAUCAGCGAGGACGGCCAAGGAAUUUACACCCUUGGAUCAUAGUAUUCUUGCCCUGUUGGACCCACUGGUAGCGAAAAAGACGGCAAUACAAGGACACGACCAAAAAUCGAAUGGUCAUUCAGUUUCGGAAGCGAAGUGUCAACCGAAAGUGCAUAAGCAACGAAGCGCAGAUGUCAAUCCAGAGAAAACGGUCUUAUCAGGGACUGCCGUGAGACCGCGACCAAGUUCAUCUGUUUCGAGGACUGUUGUAACCACGAAUAAUUUGACACAAAGACCAUCAUCGACUAAUACAACAAGUCAGCAGUUUGUUCAGGCCAAACAAGCAGUACAAGCCACGGUCCAAGCCCAGUCUACUAACCCCAGAGCUCAAUUCCAAAUUAAUUCAACACCGAAUCAACCAAUUCCAACUAGUCUGACGAAUGGAAGGCCAGUUGGAGCUGUCGCCACAGUUCUAGCCAGUGUCCCAAAGCUCCAUUCCAUCCCGAACGAACCAGAGAUUGCCUUCCCAAGACCGUCGACAAAUGGAAAUCAAAACUCCGUUGCUCAAAAUACAGUAACCCAACGUCCAAAUAGUGGUCAUCUAACAGUAAAUUCGGUUGCGUCGGAGUUCCAAAAGAAGAAUAGUGUCCCAGUUGGUCCAAGUUCUUCAUUUUUGUCCGAUACCAAUACUUCCGGAUAUGGAACGACUAGAAGUACGACGUCUUUUGACUCCUCGUAUGGGUCGUUGAACUCAUCGUCGGUCUCCCUUCUUCCUCCGCCAUCGGAAUUGCUGCUGAAGGGAAAGAAAUCAAGCGUUGCCGGCUCCAGUAAGAGUAAGCGAAUAUAGAUUUUUAUUACGUUAGUUUCAGCUCCCACUGUGACUCAAGUUUUCUCAUUAAAUCACUCGAAUUCGUCCUUCCAACCGAAACCUCCCAUCCAAAUUGUACCUCAACCCCAACCAAUUCCAUUCCUAACUCCAACUCCAUUCGUUUACUCUCAAAGACCAGCUCAACAACAGAUUCAAUCGGGUCCUUCAAUUGAUUUACACGACCUGGACAUUGAUAGAAUGAUCAGUGAUGUCAAAAAGGGCGCGGAUUUUGCUAGGUAACGUCUUAUUUCGUUAUAUAAGCACAAGGAAUGCUACAGAUUAAGGGUGAAGUUUUUGUCAAGGUUAUAUUACACAGGAUGAUUUUUAUUGUUUCAGCACUGACCAGUGCACUAAGGCACUCCGCGCCAAUGAAUACGAAGUCCCCAGGGCAAUUCAACAUUUGAAAUUGGAAAAGUUCAUGGAACUGGGGCUCAGCCCCACCAAGGAAGCUGCCCAGACUCUCCUUCACAAACAUAACUGGGAUUUGAACGCAGCCGCGUGCAGUUUAGUCAAAUGA